AUGGCACAUCAAAUUGACGACGAUGAUCAACCGGAUGAAUGGGAUCAGCGGAUCAUGGACACAGGGUGCCAUGAAGAGAACUUGAAGCUUCAGCUUUGUCAUGCCGACACUGGAGACUGGAGAAAAUGUACAGAAGAAAUGAAGGCUUUCCAAAAAUGCUGGGAAGCUAAUAAAAAUAAUGAGCGGACGAAAACUGUCAAUAAUGAAGAGUUGUAG